GAUUUUCUCUCAUUCACUUUUUCCCUACUCCUCCGUCACCGUUCAUGGCUUAUGGAAGUUGCAAGCAACAACAAAUCAAAUGCAUUUUCUCUCUCUCCCCCAUCAUCUCUUCUUUCAGAUUUCUUCUACAUCUCACUGCUUUCAUCACGGAUGAAAACCCCAAAUUCUAUAUCUCCAAUGGUGGUAUCCAAAAGUGGAAGAUUUUUUCUAUGCUGCUUUCUGCCCACAGCAAUUUUGGUUUCUGCAGCUUUCUUCAUGGGGAAUCUGCUCGUGGUCACAGAUUAUAAAGAGAGACUUUCUGGAUGGAUAUCGAUUGGUGCAAUGCAGAUUACAGGAGCAAAGGUUUGCCAGGCUCAAUGCAGGCCUGAUGAGAGUGAGUCAUUACCUAGAGGCAUUGUUUCCAGGACUUCUGACUUGGAAAUGCGAUCCUUACAGGGGGCCCCCAUUAGAAAGAAGAACUCAAAGACAUCAACCAACUUGUUGGCCGUUGCAGCUGGAAUCAAGCAAAAAGAAAGUGUGAAUAAAAUCGUAACGAAGUUUCUAUCGAGUGAUUUUGUCUUAAUGCUUUUUCACUAUGAUGGCAUUGUGGAUGACUGGAGGGAUUUCGAAUGGAGCAGUCAAGCCAUACAUGUGUCUGCUAUGAAUCAAACUAAGUGGUGGUUUGCAAAGCGGUUCUUACAUCCAGAUAUUAUUUCAGAAUAUGCUUAUAUUUUCAUUUGGGAUGAAGACAUUGGAGUUGAAUAUUUUGAUGUGGGAAGAUAUCUAUCAAUCAUUAAAGAAGAAGAGCUUGAAAUAUCACAACCAGCACUUGAUCCUUAUAAUUCAGUGGUGCAUCAUCCACUUACAUUACGAGAGAAGACAUUAAAAGUACACAGGAAGACUCACAGGCGUGAAGGUGCAAGGAGGUGUGAUGGAGACAACACAGGCCCUCCAUGUGCCGGGUGGGUAGAAAUAAUGGUCCCUGUUUUCUCAAAGGCUGCCUGGCGCUGUACAUGGCUUUUGAUUCAGAGUGACUUGAUUCAUGGAUGGGGUGUGGAUGAGCAGCUUGGUUACUGUGUAAAGGGUAACCGAACCAAAAAUAUUGGGAUUGUUGAUUCAGAGUAUGUAGUUCACAAUGCUCUUCCCACACUUGGGGGCUCACCUGAAAAUCAGACAAAUCCUCAACUACCUGAUCAAGCUGCUCAAAACACAAGUUUACCUAAUUCAGAACUACUGGUCCCAUCUGUUUCCACUCAGCAUGAUGAUAGAGAUAAAGUGAGAAAGCGGUGCUUUGCUGAGUUAGCCAUUUUCAGGAAGCGAUGGAAUAAAUCGGUUGAAGAAGAUGAAUGUUGGGUUGAUCCAUACAAGCAACCACCAAGGCAGAGCAAUUACUAGCACUGACUGAACAACACUCGUCAAUUUCCAUAUGAUGAGAAGUUGGUCUCUAGCCUAUAGACAAGUUUAACAGUAUGCAUACCUCUUUAUAUAAAGAAUUUAAAUACCAUUAUAAGGUGUUUUUGCAGUUUGGAGGACACUUGAGAUUGGAGGGACAAUAACCCUCCAUGUAUAAUAAUAAAAUUUUAUGCAAGCUUGUACCCAUAUUUAUACAUCCUUUGUCACUGUUUAACAUGUAAUUCACUUCAUGGGAGUAGGAAAUAAUAACCUUUAAGUCUCUAGAUUAUAACAAUAAUUCUCUUUGUUUCACCAUAUUUCUUAUAGUUGAAAAAUAUUGGAGAUUUAGC